AUGUCUGUGAAGCUCAGAGAGUUCAUUCGCCAGGUCCGUGCCGCUCGCACUGCAGCGGAGGAACGGGCAGUCGUCGCGAGGGAAUGUGCUCGUAUCAGAACCAAUUUCAGGGAAGGGGACAGCCGACACAGACACCGAGAUGUAGCGAAGGUAUUGUUCAUCUCCAUGCUUGGAUACCCCACGCAAUUUGCGCAAGUGGAAUGCCUCAAACUUGUUGCCAGCCCCAGGUUCUCGGAGAAGCGGGUGGGGUAUCUCGGCUUGACGCUCCUCCUAGACGAAUCGUCUGAGGUGUCCAUGCUGGCGACAAACUCCCUAAAGCAGGACCUUCAGCACACAAAUCAGUAUAUCAGCAGUCUUGCGCUCUCCGCGCUGGCUAAUGGGGCGUCUCCGGAGGUGUGUCGCUCGCUGCUUCCCGAAGUGGAGCAGCUGAUCAACUGCAGCAAUCCCUUCAUUCGGAAGAAGGCUUCCCUCGCCGCGGCCAAGUGCGUGCGACGGCUUGGGGAGGAAGCAGCUCCCCGCUUUCUCCCCGUCCUCCCCGUCUUGGCAGCAGAUCGAAGCCACGGGGUGUUGCUGGGAGCCUGUGCGCUGCUCUUCGCGCUACUCGACGCACAGCCGCAGCUGCGUGAAGAGUGCCGGCAGCAGCUUCUACAGCCACUCACCAAGGCUCUCAGGACUUGCAGCAGCGCUAGCUAUGCGCAGAGUGCAGAAUACGACAUUGCGGGCAUUGUGGAUCCGCUGCUGCAGUCGAGGCUCCUUAGGGCAGUGGCCCUUCUGGCCGAGGGAGACCCCACAUCGAGCGCGGCUGUGACGGACCUGUUGGCGCACGUGGCCACCAAUACCGACGGGUCUAAGAAUGCUGGCAAUUGUGUUUUGUUCGAGUGUGUAAGAGCGAUCGUUUCUAUCGACACGGACCAAGGACUGCGCGUUCUGGCAUUGAACAUUCUUGGUCGUUUCCUGUCUUCACGCGAGCAAAAUCUCAAAUACGUUUCCCUGGAGACGCUCCACCAACUUCUCAGGACAGACACAGACGCGGUCACCAGACACCGAGACACACUUCUCGAUUGCCUAAAGGACGGAGACGCAUCAAUCCGUCGUCGGGCCCUAGAGGUACUGAUAGCUCUGCUUUCGCCUCAAAACAUUCAAGUGUUGGGGCGUGAGCUUCUGUCCUUCUUGCUUGUCUGCGACAAGGAGCUCAAGCCCAUAGUCGCUUCGCGUUUGGCCAUGGCCGCGGAGACGCAUGCACCAACACGCAGGUGGCAGUUUGACGCAACCUUGAAGCUCCUCUGCCUGGCAGGCAACUAUGUGGAGGAGUCCGCCGGCAAUGAGAUGCUGACAAUGGUGCUGACGACGCCACAGCUACAGAGCUACGCCACCCAUAAACUCUUCUUCUGCCUCAGGGAAGGCAGCGCUACGAGUGCUGUCCUCUGUCGGGUUGCGUUGUACUGCGUCGGGGAAUUCGGAGAUCUGUUAGUCGCCGCUGACAAAUCUCAGUUGAUGUCUUCGGACAGGGGCCAGUCACAGAAGGGCCCUCUGGAUGCUCCAGGGGCGAUCGAGGACCCCUCUGCCGCUGCCCUGUCUUUGACUGCCGGAGACGUUGUAGAAACGCUUGCAGGGAUCUGCCAGGCACUCUUGUGUGGACAUACGAAGGCAGCACCGGGUGCUGUUGCUGUUGCUGGAGCGGCAGCGACAAGCGCCUCCUCUUCCAACUCAGUUACGGAGGCCCUUCUAACCUGCCUAGCCAAACUUACUACAAGACUGCCGGAUCAGAGGGAUCGCCUACUACAGCUGUUGAAGGGGUUUGUCGGCAGCAAAUGUUUGGAGGUGCAGCAGCGCAGUGCGGAGUUUGUGGCGAUCUUGGAGUCCAACGACUGGCCCCAGGCAGAGCUUGCCGCUCUCUUUGAGCGCAUGCCACUACCGCAGCAGCAGCAGCAAGACUUGGGAAAGCAAGAGCGGCCUGUCGGUGAGACUUGCUUCGACCUGGCUGACCUUCCUUCAGAGCUCUCUCCCGAAACAGAAACCGCAGACUCCGCUACAGAAAAGCUUCAAGGCACACGAGGCGAAGCACAACUGUUGGAACUCGAUGAUCUCCUGGGUCUUGGUGCGACUCCCAGCGCUCCCUGCAAAGCCUCAACUCCGACAACUGCUGCUGCUGCCUCCAUGGGCAGCAGCAGCAGCAGCAGCGGCCUAGACCUCCUGGCUGAUUUGUUAGGUGGCGCCUCCGUUUCUUCUCCGGGGGCAAACCUUCAGGGUCCCCAGGUCCCCACCACAGGCGCAGCUGCACCAUCAACACCCACUGCCGCUACAAAGCCAGCAGAUCCCUUCGCUGGUCUUUUAGAUCUCAGCAGCCCUCUCGCCACUUCUGCCGCAGUCCCCGCCUCGCUUGUGCCGCCUAUGCUCGCAACGGAGCCGCUGCCUUUCCUGCUGGAGUCUGCGUCGAGUUCCACCAACAUAAACACCACGGCCCCUUUGGCGAAGCCAGCAGGAGACCACACGGACCCUCUCGCAGCGGUCUUGAAUGCACGAGCAUCCUCAGGCGGCACAACCCCUUCUCCCUCUGCAGCAACGGCAGCAGCAGCUACUGCGGCUGCCGCACAUGGCGAUGUCGCUAUAGUGCCAGUUAUAGAUGAAGAGGGCCUUCGGGUGGUGUUCAAGUGCCGCAGGGGCCCCUCGGGGACCGUAGUAGGUGCUCCUGCGUAUUGCGAUAUCCUCGCGGAGUUUGCGGCGGACGCAAGCAGCAAGCCGCUACAGCAGUUUCGCUUCGAAGCAGCAGUGCCAAAGUAUCUGCAGCUGCAGUUGGAGCCUCCCACAGACUCAACAGUGCUCCCGGGGGCCCCCCCAGUACAGCAGCGUCUGCGGGUCAGUUGUUGCUCGGUAGGAGUAGGGGCAGCAUCGGUUCCAGCGAGUCUCCCGGGUGGCCAAAAGCCACUGCUCAUGAAGUGCCGGGUUACGUUUUCAAGAGACGGCUCCACCGUGCAGAAGUGUGCAAACGUCUCCGCCUUUCCCCCUGGUCUUCUGGAUGCGUAG